AUGGUGCAGAAAAAAUAUGAAGGAUUUGCGGUUGGAAUUGAUCUUGGUACAACGUACUCGUGUGUUGCAGUGUGGCAUGAGCAACACAGCAGAGUGGAGAUUAUUCACAAUGAACAAGGCAACAAAACCACACCUUCUUGCGUUGCUUUCACUCACAAACAAAGGUUGAUCGGUGAAGCAGCUAAGAAUCAAGCUGCAACCAAUCCACAAAACACUAUCUUUGAUGCUAAGAGGUUAAUGGGUAGAAAAUUCAGUGACGAUGUUGUUCAAAAAGAUAUGAACUUGUGGCCAUUCAAAGUCAUUGCUGAUGUAAACAACAAACCCAUGGUUGCUGUUAAGUACAAGGGUCAGGAGAAGCACCUAUGUGCUGAGGAAAUUUCAUCAAUGGUCCUCACAAAGAUGCGGCAGAUUGCAGAAGCAUAUUUGGAAACAACAGUUAAGAAUGCAGUCAUCACAGUGCCAGCUUAUUUCAAUGAUUCUCAGCGUAAAGCCACUCUAGAUGCCGGUGCCAUAGCUGGCCUUAAUGUGAUUCGGAUAAUUAGCGAGCCUACUGCUGCAGCUAUUGCAUAUGGCCUUGACAAGAGAACUAACUGUGUGGGAGAACGAAAUAUUUUUGUGUUUGACCUUGGUGGUGGAACUUUUGAUGUGUCUCUUGUUACAAUCAAGGAUAAGGUCUUCCAAGUUAAGGCUACGGCCGGAAACACUCACCUCGGAGGAGAGGACUUUGAUAAUAGAAUGGUGAAUUACUUUGUGGAGGAGUUCAGGAGAAAGAAAAAAGUGGACAUUAGUGGUAACCCAAGAGCCUUGAGGAGGUUGAGAACAUCGUGUGAGAGGGCGAAAAGGACCCUCUCUUUUUCAGUUGAUACCACUAUUGAGGUGGAUGCUUUAUUUGAGGGCAUCGACUUCUCUUCAUCAAUCACUCGUGCAAAGUUUGAAGAAAUCAAUAUGGACCUUUUCAAUGAAUGUAUGGAGACGGUUGAGAGUUGUCUUACUGAUUCGAAGAUGGAUAAGAGUAGGGUAGAUGAUGUUGUCCUUAUUGGUGGUUCUUCAAGAAUUCCCAAAGUCCAGCAGCUAUUGCAGGACUUUUUCAAUGGAAAGGAUUUGUGCAAUAGCCUCAACCCUGAUGAGGCUGUUGCUUUUGGGGCAGCUGUGCAAGCUGCAUUGUUGAGUAAUGACAUUAACAAUAUUCCAAACUUGGUGUUGAUCGAUGUUACACCAUUGUCUUUAGGUUUUGGCGAUAAUAGAGGUUGCAUGUCUAUAGUGAUUCCAAGGAAUACUACUAUACCUGCCAAAAUCUUAAAAGGUUGUGGAACACCUUAUGAUAACUGUAUAUCAGUCCCUAUCAUGGUUUAUGAAGGAGAGAGAGCUAGAGCCAGUGACAACAAUUUGCUAGGUUCUUUUUAUCUCUCUGGGUUAUCCCCUGCACCUCGUCGGCAUCCUUUGGAUGUAUGUUUCAGUGUUGAUGAAAAUGGCAUUUUGACAGUCUCUGCCAGGGAAGUUUCCACUGGCAAUACAAAUGAGAUUAUAAUAACCAAUUACAAAGAAAGACUAUCAGCUGAAGAAAUUCAAAAAUUGAUUGAAGAAGCUGAAAAUUACAAUGUUGAAGAUACAAAAUUCCUCCAAAUAGCUCAAGCAAAGAAUGCAUUGGAUCUUUGUGUUUACAAAAUUGAGACUACUUUAAAGAAGCAGAAUAAUAACUCGAAGCUCUCCACACUUGAGACCAAAAAGAUCAAUGCUUCAAUAGCAAAGGCCAAAAGUUUGCUUGACGAGGAUAACCAGCACGAAUUAGAUGUUCUUGAGGGUCAUUUGAAGGAGCUGCAGAGUAUAUUUGAAAGCACUAUAUCCAAGAUUGCUUAG